UGUGCUGAGAGGAGACUUUGCAAGGGCCGCGGGCAGCUCUGACAUCCCCGUGAUGGGCUCCCGCCCCUGCUCUUGGGUUCUGCCCGCUUGGGGUUCCCUGGAUCCUGGCACUGCGUGGGGCCCGUCACGCGUCCCGCCUCAGCAGAGCGGAACAUGUAACCUGUCGGCUGAACUUAGAAAAGCUCUAGUGGCCCAGCGUCAGGGAUGAGGUGCCUGGCACUGGGGCAUCUGGAUGCAGGAGCACACCAACUCUGGAGAGACUGGCUGCCUGCUAGCUCUGUCGAUGCAGUUCAAAAAUAGCAGAGGCACUUUUUUUUGGUAUAGUAAUAGUUGGGUGCACAUAGGGGAAAAGUACUAAAAUGUUCUGCCUGGAGUGUGGUAAGUUAAUUCCUGUUGUUUUGUCCUCCAGGUUGGCCAUAAGCAAAAGGUGGAGCUGGUCCCUAACAAAGUCCAUUUCAUGAAAACUCUCAGCUUGAAACCACUUCUCUUUGAAAUUCCGGAUUUCCUAAGCGAAGACGAGUGUAAGCUGAUUAUCCACCUGGCCCAGUUGAAAGGUCUGCAGAAGAGCCAGAUCCUGCCCACAGAAGACUAUGAGGAGGCCAUGGAAAUGAUCGAAAUCAGCCAAAUGGACAUCUUCAACCUGCUAGACCACAACCAGGAUGGGCAGCUGCAGCUCAAAGAGGUGCUGACCCACACCCGCCUAGGGAACGGCCGGUGGAUGACCCCUCAGAGCGUCCGGGACAUGUACACGGCAGUCAAAGCAGACCCUGAUGGCAAUGGCGUGCUGAGUUUGGAGGAGUUUAAACAGCUGAACAUUCGUGACUUCCACAAGUACAUGGGGAGCCAGGACGUGAAGAUGAGUGAUCUGGUGAGGAACAGCCAACACACCUGGCUGUACCAGGGCGAGGGGGCUCAUCAGGUCAUGAGGUCCAUACAACAAAGGGUGAUGCGCCUGACGCGGCUGCCUCCUGAGAUUGUGGAGCACAGUGAGCCCCUGCAGGUUGUGCGGUACGACCAGGGAGGGCACUACCACGCUCCAGAGACAGCCUGCAGCCACACCAAACUGAUCAGCAAUGAGAGCGCUCCCUUUGAGACCUCGUGUCGCUACGUGACGGUGCUGUUCUACCUGAACAACGUGGUGGGGGGAGGAGAGACCAUCUUCCCUAUCGCUGAUAACAGAACCUAUGAAGAGAUGUCUCUCAUCCAGAAUGAUGUUGAUCUACGAGACACCCGGAAAAAUUGUGAUAAGGGCAACCUGCGAGUGAAGCCGCAGCAGGGCACUGCUGUCUUCUGGUACAACUACCUGUCAGACGGGGAAGGCUGGGUUGGUGACCUGGAUGAAUAUUCUCUGCACGGAGGCUGCCUCGUCACGCGGGGAACCAAAUGGAUUGCCAACAACUGGAUCAACGUGGAUCCCAACAAGAGGCGCCAGCUCCAGUUCCAGCAGGAGAUGGCUCGCUAUGCCAAAGAGGGGGCCGAGGCCCAGAACGAAUGGACUGUAGAUAAAUCCUACAGCAAUGUGCAUGUGGAAUUGUAGCGUCCCGGCGCAGCUGGGCUCGAGAGGCCUCUUCAGUAACCCCCGGGACUUUUUGCACCUGCCAGUUCAGUUUCUAUUGAUGUAAAGCCUUUAGAAUUCUGCCCUCCCCGCCCCCAUCCCUGCAGCGGUCUCCAGCGGCGGUGUAGCCUGCGUCUGUCGCUCAGAGCUUGGCGAGCACAGCGCUCGGGGCGGGAGGAAAGCCUCGUGCUCAUGGCAGGGGGGGGGGGCUUCACUCACUAUUUGCACAUCAUUUUAUUUCAGGGUUGGUUUUUUGUGGGGCAGGCCUAGGUCCCCUUGGCCCUGCCCUACCCAGGCUUCUUGCCUCUCCAGGCGGGGCCUUCUGCAAGGGCAAGGCACUGUUAGUGGGCCUGCAGGGUGUCAACCCCGCUUCCUCCAAGGUCUUGAUUUUCCUAUUGAAAUGGAUUCAGUCUCUUCUUUAGCUGCCUCCACAGGGGUUUGCUUGGCACCUGCCAGUUUCUGUCCCUCCUCCCUCCAGAGCAUCGGCUCAGCUCUCUUGGCCAGUAACUUGCAGCCAGGCCUGAGCCCGCUGCCUAACCCAGGGGGAAAUGGGGACAGUGAGUUCUGCAUUAAGCCCCUUCCCUAAAUUCCAGCCCUGUGGUAUGAGACUGAUCAGGGACAGAGGGGUGUCCUUCCUCUCCUGCCAGGGGAAGGGAAGUGGUGCAUGUGCGGCCUUGGGCCCGUGGAGACCUUACAGAAUACUUGUUGUUAAUGGUGAGUCCGUCUCAGGGGUUGCUGUGGUUCUGAAAUGCGUUUGUUGGGUUGAUUCUCAGGGAGAAGAGAAGCUUUUAUGUGCAAUAGCAGAGCUGGAUUAAGUGGGGGAGGAGAGUACCGCUCUACCGCAUGGUUUGGUUGGCUGCCUUGGUAGGUGUUUGGCUGUUUCCUGAAGGUUCCUUCUGCCAAGUGACUCAUUCGCCCUGCAUCACAGAGCUCCAGAUCUAUGCCCGUGUUCUGUAGCAAGUCGGAAGUGUGGGGGCUGGGGGGACUCCCAGAGAACGGAACAAAAGAGGCCUCUGUGUAUCUCCUUCUGAUGCUCGUGUGCGGAGAAGUUGAUCACUCCCUGCUCGCUUGGGCUUGGAGCAUUUUCUUCCCUAACGGGCUUGAAUUUCUCAGAAUUUGUGUGUGGGGAAGGAAUCGGUUUGCGUGGGGCGAGGAGUGGCACAGAUCCCUGCCUUGCCGGGGCAUGGGUGACUGCAUGACUGCAAGCUCUGGAGAUGGGAUGUCCUCGCUGCUGGUACAUCCAGAAAGUCAACAAGUGCAGGGCCAUGCAGCCUGAGGGGCUGAGUGAGCCUGUUAGAUGCGCAGCUAUCUGCUGCGGAAGUGGCUGGAGUUGGGGCCGAGGUGGGAGCUGAGUUGGUUGCUUUGGCUUAUUUAUUGACUGUGAAGGGAGAGGGCUUAGUGUGCUACUGUAGUGUCUGCCCGAAGGCCAGGUGGAUGCACUGAUGGUCACAGCUCUGUCGCAGUUCACAGUCUUAGGUUACACGCUUGUGCAAG